CAUUUAGAGAAUGGCUGCGGCCGCGGCGGGUGGCUCUUCCUCAGCCGCCUCUGCCUCCGCCUCCGCCGCCACUGGCACCGGCUCUUCCUCCAAGCUUCCGCCGACCCCGCCGACCCCCAAAGAGCACCCAGCGCCCCGCCACCCGCCGCAGCUGAGGAAACGAGGUGAUUCCCGGCGCCGACAGGCCGCCCUCUUCUUCCUCAACAACAUCUCGUUGGAUGGCCGCCCCCCUAGCCUUUUCCCUGGCGGCGAGAAGCCCCCACCUCAGCCCCAAGAUGAAAGCGCGUCCGGGCAGGCGGCGGCCGCCGGAGAAUCUCCCGCCGGGCAUUCACUGCCUCCCUCUGCUGUCGGGCCGCCCCGUCCUGGGGCUCCCAACGGGCCUCCCCCGGCCCCGGCCCUACUCCUGCAGUUGCCCAAGGACAAUCCCCUGCCGCCGGUCCGCGGCGAAGCCGAACCCCCGGGCGCCCGAGGCAGCGUCUUUCUACCUCAGCUGCUACUGCUCGGGGGCCAGCUGGGGUCGCCUGCCCCACUCACCGCACCCCCCUCCGCUGCCGCCGGGGCCGCCGCCGCCGUGGGGCUGUCCGGGCUGGGGGGCAAGGGCGGCCCUCCCACCCCUCAGGGGCUCCUCAGCCCCACGCAGACCAGCGCUGGCUUCACCUUGGAGGUACAGCGACAAAGAAGGCGUUUUAUCUCCCAGCGCUGUUCUCUAGAAUUUUUAGAAGACAUAGUGGAAUAUGCCACUGUACAAAGAACCAAACACAUAUCUGGAUCACCAAGACACAAAGGCUUGAAGAAGACUCAUUUCAUAAAGAACAUGAGACAAUAUGACACAAAAAAUAGCAGAAUAGUUCUGAUUUGUGCUAAAAGGUCCCUGUGUGCAGCAUUUUCUAUUUUGCCUUAUGGAGAAAGCAUUCGAAUCAGUGACAUGAAGAUAGAAAGCCAGAAACAGAGGCAUCCAUCUGGUGGGGUUUCAGUGUCUUCUGAGAUGGUCUUUGUGUUGGAAGGAGUUGAGCUUGGUGCUGAUGGAAAAGUAGUAUCUUAUGCCAAGUUUUUGUAUCCAACGAAUGCCCUUGUCACACAUAAGAGUGAUAAUCACACUGCAGCAUCUCAGCCUCGAUCCAGUGUUCCACGAACUCUGCCUGGGUCAAGAUACAAAUCUGCAACAGCUAAAUCUGUGCCAUCAGGUACAGAGUUAGGAAGUGAGACUGGUGAUUCAAUAGAAUAUAAUCCUAAUCUCCUUGAUGAUCCUCAGUGGCCCUGUGGGAAACACAAGCGUGUUCUUAUCUUUGCAUCAUAUAUGACUACCGUGAUAGAAUAUGUGAAGCCUUCAGAUCUUAAAAAGGACAUGAAUGAAACUUUUAAAGAGAAGUUUCCUCACAUCAAACUCACUUUGAGUAAAAUUAGAAGCCUAAAACGGGAAAUGAGGAAUCUCUCUGAAGAAUGCAAUCUAGAACCAGUUACCGUGUCCAUGGCUUAUGUUUACUUUGAGAAGCUUGUCUUACAAGGCAAGCUAAACAAACAGAACCGAAAACUGUGUGCUGGUGCUUGUGUGCUCCUAGCAGCAAAGAUCAGCAGUGACCUCAGGAAAAAUGAAGUAAAGCAGCUUAUUGAUAAGUUAGAAGAACGAUUCAGAUUCAACCGAAGAGAUCUAAUUGGAUUUGAAUUUACAGUGCUUGUGGCUCUGGAACUGGCCCUUUACCUUCCUGAAAACCAAGUUUUACCUCAUUAUAGACGUCUCACCCAGCAGUCCUAGCCAAAGCUAUGUUCCAUUCAGUUGGCAGGAAGAUUUACAAAAUACUUUAUUGCUGAAAGACUUCCACUUCCCACAAAUCUUUUCUGUGCUAUUACACCACAUCUUUCAGUUAGUAAAAAUGUAUGUUUUCAUAGUGGCAGUUGAGUAUUUGUUGGGUGAAAACAGAUUUGUUGGCACAGAAAGAAUUAUUUCCUUUAGACACUAAAGCACAAAUAAUUCAUAAUCUAGUUGUCACUGUGGCUAUUCAUUCUUCCAUUCAAAGGAUGUCAUGCUAUUGUUCCUUUGAAAGAUAUAUAUCAUUUUUACUUGUUUAAAAUGAACAUUACUCCCAUUCCAAAGUCUUCAAAAUGGUAUGUGAAUUUUUUUCCUGCAUUUUUUUUAUGUGAACAAAAUGCACACUUUUUUUUUAAUGUGCCUGAAACUGGUCUGGUACCAGAACCUUUUUGUUGCAUAAGUUAUAAAUUCUGAAAUUAGUUUUAUCUUUACCUACAUUUGCCUUGCAUUCAGAAAAGAAUUCCAUAGCUGCAUUAGUCUAAAAUAGGAUCUAGAUUUCUAGAUCUUAUAACAAUUAGUUCAUCAGUGAUGAAAUUACUAAUUUAUUUAAGCAUUAUUACAUGGAUAAAAGGAUCCACUGGAGAAAGACAUGGCAAACACUCUAGGAUCCUUGCCAAGAAAACCCCAUGGAUAUAGUCCAUGAGGUCACUAAGUCAAACACAACACAUGAAUAAAGGGAUGGUUAAAAUUUUUAGAAUGUUAAAUAUCUCAUCAUGCAAUCAUACUUGAUGAAGUUAAUUGCACUCAGUUUCAGAAGCGUUUAUUGGCUGAAAGACUGAUUUGCUGUUUUCGUCACUUCAGGAUGGACUCUGCCAUUGUUAAAUAUCCAAAGCAAAGUACCUUUUUGACUACUUUCUGCAUGCAGUUCUCAAGUGUCAGCAAUUAUUUUUACAAAGUAAGCCAAUGAAGCAAGAUCUGAAAUUUUUUAAUUGUAUUUUUUUACUAAUUCUGUUCUUCCAAGCAUUGUGAGCCACUGUGAUGUUCCUCUUGAAACUGGCAUGUUGCAUAUCCAACCAAACAUUUAUUAGACUCAAGUACAAUAUUUCUAUUGUCAGGAGUCAGGUAGGAAAGAUAUUUAGCUGAAGCACCAUACAAAUGUUUGGAUAAAAUUUGCAACUUUGAUCCACAAUUACUUGGGGAUUCUUACAUUUUGUUUCUUCUAAGCAAUAUUGUGAUUGAGAAAAUUAAGAGUUCAUUUUGGUUUGUGCAAGAGAAAAAUAAUUGGGAUUUUUUGAUUAAGGAAUUUACUUAAGAUCAACUUGAAUACCUUACCAUGCUCUGGAAAAGAGGGAUAGCUACUCAAAGUACUGUAAACUUCAGUUUUGCCUGUUUUUGGCUACAUUUAAAAUAUUGCACACAGUAUAAAAUUGUGUACACAAUUUUGUAAAGGCAUGGGUUAGACUUUAACUGCUGCAAAUUUCAAAUAUUUGAUGUUGAGUGUCUUAUACUCUAUAUACUGCAGUGAUAACUGGUCAUAAACUUAUCUUUCAUGAAAUUGUAAGCAACAUUAUCAGUAUUCAGGUCAAUAUGAAAUGUCAAUGAAAAAUUGCUCAAAUGACAAACAUUUGUCAGUUAAUAAAUCAGUUAAGAUUUCCGAGACAAGUGUUCUUGUGGGAAAACUUUAAAAUACUUGUUAUCAGUACUAUCAGAAAAUCAAAUCUAGGCCAGUCAUUUCAAUAGUCCAAACAGUUUGUCUUUAAAUUGAUGUUUGCUAACACAUUGUGAUAGUUAACCCAGGUACCAUUAAGCCUACAUAUUUGAACAUUAACAACAAGAUUUGUACUCUUUACCAUCCCUACGCAGUUCAUAUUUUCAACUAAGAUGUUACACCACAUAACAUUUACAGGUAAUUUAACUAUUGGGGGGGAAACAAUUGGCAUACAACAGAUAUAUUUGUCAUUUUGUCCAUCAAAGUAGUUCUUUAAUACUACCAGGAUAGCAAUGGCUGGCUUUAGAAAUUAGAUUAGCGUAUUAUGGAAGCUAUAGGAAGUAUAAACUGUGCUAUAUUCAAAUAUGUCUUAUGGGCCAGUGUUUAUUUUUAAGUGAGCCAAUAACAAUUCUGUUUCUAUAAGCACCUUAUUUCCCCCGUAAGGUUCUCCCUUCAUCUACUUUACUUAGAAGCCAGUCUGAACUUGGGUAUCAACUCAGUUUGGCUAUCUUCAUAACUGAAAUUAUGUAUACCUACUGUGCAUUGAGUCUUCUUAAAAACAAGUUAUGCCAUUGAAAUCUUGACUCAAAAGGGUAUUUAUAAAAUAUAUGUACAUGCACUGUAAGGGUCAGAUUCCCAAAUAUUGUUCUAUGGUUUACAACAUAUACUUUAGGUACUUUCCUCUAAAAAUUCUGUAUAACCAUAUUGUUGACAAAUACAGUAAUUUAAGUUUGUGUAUAUAUGUAUACAUAGUUUUAAAUUUCAGCUGCCAAAUUGGUUUUGUAUGACCUAUUUGGCUCAAAAGCCUUGUUAUAAUAAAUGUACCCUUUUUAGUAAUGUUAAAAGCUGCCACUGUGUGGUAGUAUGGAAUUACUGCAACAAAGCCAAUAUUUAAACCAAAAUUAAAUCCUAAAACUUUUCAAAGAAAAAAUGUUAAAAUGUUUGAGCGGUCUGUGUUUGAAGUAUUGGGUUUGUGGCCAUAAACAUGUAGUGCUGCUUUCUUUCAGCACAACUGCACUAGGUUAAUGUAAACUUGUGUAAACUAUUUUGUUUUUAAUGUCAUUGUAUUUGAGUCACUUGUAAUUGGUCUGUUUUCAGUAGUAAGAUAAUGAAUUUGUGAAAUUGAGAUGCUGUGAAAUAAAACUUGCUUUUGAUACGUGAAGGUUAAAA